CGUGCAAGCAAGCUUUUCCGCCCAUAAUAAGCAUCGAAGAGAUGAUCGCUUUUGCUAUUGAAGCUAAGCUGGGAAGAGAUGCAGAAUCUUCAAUCGUGGAGGAGAAGACGUCGCCCUGGACCACUGCACUCGCUCGAAUCGAAGGCAAGCUUACCGAGCCCUCACGUGUUAAGGCCCUCUGGCAAGGUGCCGCAGCUUUCACCGUCAUUUCAACCCUUUUGUCUUCUGCUCUGCUUGUCCUUACGGCCCUGUAUUUCACCGCCCUGCGUGACCAGCUACGACGGUGGAUGCUCUACGUAGUUGCCUUCGUCGACGCCAUGACGUUUCUCGGUGCAGGCGUGAUGGUUGGGUACGCUAUGCGUGAGGGACCAAGGGGCAUCAUGGAGCUUGCCGGGACCUCUUCAGAGAGAGGAAUCUAUGGGGCAGGAAAUACCGCAUUCACCCUCGGUGUGCUGAUCAAUUUCUUGUCCAUGGAGCUGUUCCUGUGUCUUUUCAUUUCGGGCGUGCUUCUGACUGUCUGGCUUGUUUGCGCUUGUUUGAGCAUGUGCCGAGAUGAUAAUGUGGUCAAGGUCGAGUACAUACAUAGGUCCGACUAACAAUAUAGCACUAUCUACCCCAAGCACCCAGGACCAUAAUGACAUUUAUGGAACUAAGACUGCUCUCUAGGAGAUAUGUAAACGACUUAUCAUCAUGAGUUAACAGGUUUAGAGAACACUGGAGGAAGCAUGAGUGCAUAACGACUGUAAGCGAUGGCAGUCCGGGAAUGAUUGAUAGUUUAGGUAGUAAAUAAGCUGAACGAGGCUUCACUACUAUGGGACAUUAGUAAGAAGUGGCAGAGAUCUCACGUUGAAUAAUGCUGAAUUUAUACUUGCUUUUGCC